AUGGAUGGAAGCGGGGAUGAUGAAUCAUCUAGUUGUGAAAGCUGCAUUUCCGUCUCUGAAACGGUCAUGACUAGUAGAGCAUACGUGAACCCUUGCUCUAGUGGAAAAUUGUUGAAGAAACUCGAGGAGUCAGAUGACGAGCUUAUUGAGGUGAAGCACCGAUUUUAUUCGAGUCUCGGAAAGACUACUGCUGAUUUCCCUGUGCUAGCAGUUUACAAGAAUUUGCACGCUGCCGGCUCUUCAAAGGCCCGUUUGGAUGCCUUUCAACUCUGCUCAGAAGCCAUGAAGCAGAAACGAGGCAAUGCCAAUGUCAGGAAUGCUUGGUACGGUAGCUCCAAGAGUGAAGCUCUUCGAAUCCUUCUACAUGGUUUCGAAUCCUGCGGUGCCUUGGAAGACAGCAAGCCACAUGGUCUAGGAGCAUAUCUUUCCCCUCUAACCAAUGCUAUCGACAGGUAUGAUUAUCUCAAUCCCUCUUUAGCCCGAUUUUUCCAUAAUUUGAUGUAUUCCAGUUAUUCAAAAAGUUUUCAGAAAGUUCAGAACCCCAUAGAAGGAAUUCUUAUCUCGGGAGAAGAAAUGAAAUCAUGCUUUUUUUUUUUGGGUCUCUCUGCAGUGUGGUAUCCUCUGUUCCUGACGGCAAUGGGAUACGGUACUUGCUUCUUUGUUGUGUAAUCUUGGGAAACACGGAGGAGAUUCACCCUCCCUCGCAUCAGCUUUCUCCCAGUACUGACGAGUGUGAUUCUGGAGUGGAUAACCAAGAGGCUCCUAGGAAGUACAUAAUCUGGCCCGCCCAGGUGAAGACACAUAUUUCCCCCUUGUACGUCCUCAGUAUCAAGGCGAAUUUCCAACGGGGAGGUAAUUAAUUCGAUUACCCAUUUAUAAUAUCUAUAUAUAUAUAUAUAUAUAACCGUGAGGAUUCAUCAGAAGUUUUUCUAAGAGGUUGCGUUUCCUAUGGCCGACUCAGAAUCGCAUAACCCUCGAGUAUGGACUCCUACUUCACCUUGGAUACCGUUUUCAAGACUAAUACCGAUGCUAUCUGCUUCCCUACCUGCGCACAAAGUCUGCUUGAUCAAGAGAAUUCACGUUGCUUUUCUGGUGCUUCCUGAGGCUCACUCAUCCUUUCUCAUUUCGUCAUGGGAAUGAUUUCUUGAGGGUUUUUUUUCUUUCCCCCAUCGAUUAUCUAAACCAGCAUGAAAAUCUGUGACCCAGGAGAGGAAAAUUACGCGCCAGCAGCUGAUAUCUCGGGUUAGGGCGUUGUCAGGAGACGAGUUGCUAUAUGUAGCAAUCAGAGUCUUCGGUUCUAAGGUACGGGCUCCUGUCAGGACAGCUAUUCGUUGUUUCACCUGCUCUGUUUCUAUAAAUUGCGAUGAAAUCAGAUAUAUUUACAGAGGAUUCAACUGA